AUGUUAAUUCAUUUACGAGACUAUGUCGUCUAUAAGAAGAAUCCACUUGUUCAAAUUCUAUACUACAUGAUGAUGGCUUUGUGUUACUAUAUUUACUUACGUGAGACUACUUCACUAUUGCCUAAUCCAUACAUUGGUUGGUAUCACAAAUGGCUAGUAACGUGUUUAUUUACUGGCUCAAUUAUGAUGUAUAUCGUCAUGAGUUCCAGUGAUCCUGGUAUUAUAUACGAUACAAAUAUCCACGAGUUUAAACAAUAUGUAAAUCAUCCAGUCAUGUAUCCAGAGGCAAAAUAUUGUCGUACUUGCAAGACUUUAAAAUUACCACGUUCCAAGCAUUGUCGAAUGUGCAAUCAUUGUGUUGCUAGAUUUGAUCAUCACUGCAUCUGGUUCAAUGGUUGCGUCGGUGCAAAGAACUAUAAAUAUUUUCUUGUCUAUUUGUUGGUUCAGCUUGCACUUUGUCUUGAAGGCUUUUUUGUCGUAAGCAGUGUUUUUCUCGUUCAGACAAGUGAUCUGCUGCUUUCUCGUGGUGUAAGCAUGGAUGCGAUUGGUAGAACGGAGACUGCGAAGAUCUUGCAGUCACUAAUUGCGAACAACCAAGCAAUGGGUUUUGUCGCCGCCAUGUGCCUUAUGACCAGCAUCAUUUUGUGGGUCUUUUUCCUAAUGCAGCUUAGGCGCAUUGCCCAGAACGAAACAGCUAACGAAUCCUUCAAACGUGAAGAUCUACGCGAGGAAGCUAAACUCGACAGCAAGGCGUCCAGCCACCAAAUGUUUCGCUUCCUUCUUAAGCGAUUGAGCCUUCGAACUCGACCAAAGCUGGUCGUACCGCGCAAAGAGCAGAAAAAAGUAUUGGAUGCGACUUGGGGUGGACUCUUUUCACCCGAUUCUAUCAUGAACACGGAAGAGAGUUUCUCGGUGGACGACGUGAACUUUAAUCCAUACAAGCUCGACUCGUUCAAGGCAAACUUACUUGAUGCGCUUAAUUUUCGCAACAACAAGGAAAAAGUUACGUAG